AUGGCGACACAAACUAGCCUGGCUGCCAGCCCGACCCAGCAGGCAGCGGUCGAAGAUGGACCUUAUAUCUUACGACCGUUAUUGGAGGAGAUCCCGUUGGCAUCAGACGGGUCCGAUAGCAAUGUGAAGAUUAAUUGCGUCGAAUUUUAUGAUGGAAACUUGUACAUUGGCACGUCGGCAUCCGAGGUGCUUCAUUUCGUACAAAUUCCCCCUGAUUCAAAUGAUGUGACGACACGACCUGUUUAUAUUCAAGCUUCCAGGCUAUCACCAGUUUCUGUCGAGUCUCCCUCUUCGCGAUCGGCUGGUCAAGGUGUGCAGGAAAUACUAUUGCUGCCACGGAUAGGGAAAGCAUGUAUAUUGUGCAACUCAACCGCGGCAUUUUAUUCUUUGCCGGAACUAAGCCCGGUGUCUGGAAUAAGCGUCGUCAAGAACUGUACCUGGAUUGGUGGGGUGGACUUGAAUGAUGCGAUUGCUGCAGACGGCUCCGUAGCUACGAGCGGUAACGAUGCCACCAUACUCCUUUCUUUGAAAUCCAAGAUACAAGUUGUCCGCCUAGCCGAUAAGGUGCUUGAGGCGCCAAAAGUGACAUUUGCUGGAAGCGUUUUGUCCGUUCGCCGAGACUCAAUAGCUUGCGUCGCCGAUUCCAGGUCAUACGCGCUAUUAGACAUUUAUAGGCGGCUCACAAUUCCAUUGAUGAGUAUCUCGACCCUGGAUGAAACACCCGUGGAAGAUGUUGGACGAGUUCAAUCACUUCGCGAUACUGCUCCAGAUCCUCCUGUCCGGACAGGUCCGACAAAUUUAUCUACUCCAAGUGCAAAUACGCCAGGCCACAGUCGGAAUCCGAGCCAGAAUGACAAUUCCUCCAACCCUCAAAAGCCGUCCUCUCCGGUGCCUUCACCAAGCCUAGAGCCACGCUCUAAUUCUAAAUCACCGUCGCCUCCUACAGACAAACCUUUGCCCUUACCCCCUGGCGAGGACACUUCGGCUGAUCCAAGUGUGCACCCCACAGAACACCAGACAUUGGAUGUGCUCAAGCCGCAUAUUUCAUCACCAAAUUCUGAGGAGUUUUUAUUGGUUAUUGGGACGAAACUAUCAGAACCAGGUGUUGGCAUGUUUGUUAGUCUGGAUGGCGAGCCUACGCGGGCGACGCUUCAGUUUGAGAAAUAUCCAGAGCAAAUUGUGGUUGAUGGCAACAAUUUUGACAUGACUUCGUCUCAGACAGGUUUUGGCGAGGAAGAAGAUUGUCAUGUAUUGGCUUCCAUAUCUAAGGGAUCUGAUAAUGGGCUUUACCAUGGCAUAGAAAUUCAACACAUAAACGCAGGCCAGGAAGCAAAUCCAAAAAAGCAUUGGUUGGAAGCAAGAGGCAUUUCUAUGAAGCACCCUUAUGGCAUGAGGACCUUACUUGGAAAAGGGCAAGUCCGACUCGGCGAGAUUGUCUCCAAGCUCAGCCAAAAGCGAUUCUCUCCAUUUCCUGGACCAUUGGAGGCAUCUAGCUCACUCAAGAGCUCAGACUCUAGGACCGCACUGUCGAUAGAACAAUUGUCCAAAGAAAAAGAACUUUUCGAACGUGAUGACUCGCAGGACGAUGAUUCACUGCCGGAAGGUUGGGAGACAACCCGCAAUACGGAAGGGGAACAGUUCGUGCGACGACUUUCUGACGUUGAAACAAGAUUGGCGGUCUGGAACGGCAAUUGUAUAUGGUGGGCAAUGCGAAAUCCUUUAAUUGUCCAACUUGACGCGCUGUUGGACGAAGCAUGCCCCAGGGGGCAAAUGGCAGACAUGGACAAGAGUGCAGUGUAUGCUGUCCUGAAACUUAUUCGCGGCCGAGAUGCGAGGACAGAAUUGGAAUACAUGACGUUGGAUUACCUGCGGCAAAAAGCUGGUCUCCUUCUCCUCAUUAACGUUCUGUCUGUGCAAAAAGAGCAAGUCUCUGAAGGCGACCUCAAUGCUCUGGAGAAACUUUUGGUGGACAGUAAGCUGGACCCUCGAGUAGUCCUGUCUCUCAUUCCCGGAAUCAGAAAUGACAUCAUUGAAGGGAAACAAGGCAUUUGGAUCUAUGCAGGGGUAAAGAAGAUCGCCGAGUCUUACCUCCGAAGCGUCAUUUUUGAAAGACCAGCAAAGAGCGCUCUACAAGAUAUCGAAAUACAGACCAUGCACUUUUUCCGCCGAUUCCUAUCGGCUUGGAGGAAAAUGAAGGGAUUUGGCAGCGUUCCCGACGAAGUUGAAGUAUUCAGGACUGUGGAUGCUGCACUUCUCAUCUCCUUGCUUGAGCUGGACCAGCGCUCUCCUCGAGGCACGGUUCACAGCGGCGCGGUUAGAUCGGAACUUAAUGACGUUGUUGACAAAGGAGUGGACUGUUUCGACCGUGCUGUCGACAUCUUAGAGUCGUAUCAUAGGCUUUUUAUGCUGAGCAGACUCUACCAAAGCCGCAAAAUGGCUGGUGACGUUUUGGCAACCUGGAAACGCAUUAUUGAAGGGGAAGAGGAUAGCGCGUCCGAAUUUGACGACGGCGAGCAACGUGUCCGAGACUACCUGAAGAAGAUUAGCAGUCAAGCUCUGAUCCAAGAAUACGGAAUUUGGCUUGCCAAAAGAAAUCCACGACUGGGAGUGCAGGUGUUUGCCGAGGAUGAGGGGAAGGCUCCCAGGUUUGAACCAGCGCGAGCCGUUGAGAUUCUCCGGGCAGAGGCCCCGGAUGCGGUCAAAUAUUACCUAGAGCAUCUUGUAUUUGCCAAGGGCCUCACGUCAUAUGUGAACGAGCUCUUAAACUACUAUCUUGACGUGGUUCUUGGAGAUCUCAGAUCCUCGGCAGCCAGUCGAGAGACAGUUAUGGCUACAUACGAGGCAUACAGGGCGUUACAAGGACCCAAGCCGACAUACCACCAUUUUCUAUUAGCAAACACACCCCCGGAUGGCGAAAUAUGGAAGAGUCGCUUACGACUGCUCCAGCUCCUUGGCGGUACGCAUGACUACGACACCGCGGCUAUCGCGGAACGUAUUGGCAGUUUACCGGGCGACCUGCUCGUCCCUGAGACCAUCAUUCUAGCUGGCCAUCAGCGUCGCCACGAAGAGGCACUACGGCUAUUGGUCCACAGGCUUGGUGACUACGAUACAGCAGUGUCGUACUGUCUUCGAGGCGGGUCCAGCGUCUACGGGCACCUGGAUGGUCGACAGGCUGGAGGUAGCAUGCCCGCAACAGAGCAGCAACGCCGUCUAUUCCAGGUAGUCCUCCACGAAUUUCUGAGCAUUGCGGAUGUUAGUCAUCGAAUCGAGCAGACGGGCGCGCUGUUGGAACGUUUUGGUGGCUGGUUCGAAGUGGAAGAAGUGCUAGGCUUGGUGCCCGACGCCUGGUCCGUGGACGUCGUGGCCGGGUUUCUCAUAGGAGCGAUGAAGAGACUUGUACGAGAGAAGAAUGAGAGCGUGGUGAGAAGGGCGCUCAGUGGCGCAGAGAACUUGAGGGUCAACUACGACCUGGUUGUGGGAGUCGAGCAAAAGGGUCCGAGUAUCGAGGCACAGAACUAG